CAUUGGCUAUUAAUAGCAUCAUGUACUAUAGAAUGACGACAAAUCAGAAUGUUGAUGUUUGUAUUGCAAAUCACUUUUUUGUGGCAUGAACAUUAAACGUAUAACAAAAACAAGAAUCGGAAACGCUUACAAGUACAACAUGAAGAAGUAGUAAACAGGACAGAAUAUUCUAAAGCGGUGAAAUUUUUAUUUAUAUUCUAUGCGUGUGUGUGUAUGAGUGUGAAUUGUUUUGACGCACUGAAUGAAUGAAUGAAUAAAUUGUAGUAGUUUAAUUAUGACCGAAUUCACAAUGAGAUUCUGUGUUCAUUUAAUUCAAGUUCGCGAUUCGUUUCUAUAAAUUGUUAUACAGUUCGUUCAAUCAAAUUGAUGGAUCCAGAAGUUUUAUUUGAAAAUGAUUCGGAUACUAUGAAAUCGGUAAUGAAGCUGAAAAAGACAAAGAAUCAUCGCCGACGAAAAAAGCCUACAUUAAAAAAAGCGGCAACAACAGCCGUUAUGCCGUUCAAAAAACUUCAGCUGUCCAUAUUCAAUAGCCGAUUCAUACCGAUCGAACCGAAUCCAGAUAAUGCAUAUCAAUUCUUGCCUAAACAUCCAAUGGAUUUCGAUGCAUUUGAAAAACAUAUGAAUGAGAUACGUAAAUAUGAAUGUUUGAUCAAAAUUGAAUUCGAUGCAGCAUCCCGUAAUGAAAUUUACACCAAACAUGGUACCCGACAUGCUCAUAAACCAAAAAAUGAAUUGAAGAAUACAUAUCCGAAACGUGUUCCAUAUGAUUUUAAUCGAGUUGUAUUGUCCAAAGAUCCAUUGGAUGAAGAAGAUUCUGAUUAUAUCAAUGCAUCAUAUGUCGAUAGUAUUUUGAAACCAAACGCUUAUAUUGCAGCGCAAGGUCCAAAUGAAUAUACUAUUUCGGAUUUUUGGAGACUAAUAUGGGAACAACAAGCAUUCUUGAUUGUUAUGUUGACCAAAGUAUUCGAUUUUAUACGUGUCGAAUGUUGUCAAUAUUGGCCAAUGGAAGAACAUAAACCUGAAAUGUAUGGUCUUAUAGAGGUGAUAUUAUUGAGUGAAGAACAACUUGCCGAUUUUGUUAUUCGUACAAUGCGAAUACGAAAACCCGGACAAUUGGUCAAACGAAAAGUGAAAAGAACAAAAUUAGUACCUCAUAAUCUACAUAAAGAAACUGAUGAUGAAAAACAUCAAAUGUUAGAUGAAGAUGAACAAGAACAAGAGGCUGCAAAUGAAUCAACGGAUCGAUUCCGUGAAUCGAAACGAUCUCGACUUUCUUUAGGUACUCGAGGAACACGGGAAUCAUUACGAUCUCAUAGUACAAACAGUAAGAAUUUAAUCUAUGUUUUUGAAAAAAUCUCUAAUUAUGAACAUUCACCAGAAAAUUCCUUGACAACCGGCAGCGUAAAAACUAAAUCGAAAAAAGCCUCUUUUACGACAGCUACUGUUUAUGAUGAAAUUGAAUAUGAAGAAGAAAUUGAAGAGGAUGAUGUACGAAUUAUUUAUCAGCUUCAUUACAACAGUUGGUCAUCGCAUACAUGUCCAUUUCCGAAUUCAAUCUUGCAAUUUCGUCGUCGAGUACGAAUUUAUCAACAGGAAGUGAUCAAAGAUGAAGGAGAUAGGGUUGGGCCAACAAUCGUCCAUUGUAGUGACGGGUGUGGUAGGACUGGUGCUUAUCUCUGCAUUGAUUCAAAUCUUGAAUUGGCUGAAGAGGAUGGCCUGUAUGAUGUCUUUGGUUAUACCAAAAGACUCAAACAUGCAAGACGUGGAUUGAUUGAAAAUCGCGACCAGUAUAAAUUUGUUUAUGAAACUUUAGAGGAAGCUCAUAUUUGUGGUAAAACAUGGUUUCCAGUUGGUGAAUUAGCUACACAAAUCAAACUAAAAUCACAGAAAUGUACAAUGACUGGAUUGAAUCAAUAUCAAGUUGAAUAUAGAAAAAUACAAAAAAUGACCAAAUUGCCUACUAUUGGUGAUUGUGCGGGUGGACAUCGUGUGGAAAAUCGUGAAAAAAAUCGUGAUGUAUCGACAGUACCACCUGACAAUUUUCGUCCGUAUUUGACGUCAUUUCAAAGUAAUGAUAAUACCGAUUAUAUCAAUGCCGUUUUUGUCGAUGGUUAUACAAGAUCAAAAGAAUAUAUCAUCACAGAAUGGCCAUUGAAACGUACCAUACAGGAUAUUUGGUCAUUAAUCUAUGAUCAUGAAUGUAAUUCAGUUAUCGUAUUGGACAAUCCAAACAUGCCAAAUGAAUAUCCAUUAUUUUGGCCAUUAGAACGAUACAAGAAACAAAAAUAUGGCCCAGUAUUCAGCGUUGAAAUGGUUUCAAGUGCUCAUUAUCCCAAAAUUAAGACAUGGAUUUUUAAGAUAAAUAAAAAAGUAGUAUCAUUGACCGAAUUGAUGGCCGGUGUAAAAGCCGAACCAAAAACAACACAAUUCUUUCAGAUCACCUGUUGGCCAUUAGAUCAUAAAGUACCAACAUCGACCAAUGCAUUGGUAGAAUUGAUGAAUAUGGUCGAACGUUGGCGUCAACGAACUAAUUAUGGUCCGGUAAUUGUUGUUUCAUAUAAUGGAAAAUCACGAGCCGGUGUAUAUUGUGCAGCCAAUUUUGCAAUGGAACAAGUUGUUCAACAUGAUGAAGUGGACAUUUUUAAUGCUGUACGUACUGUUCGUCGACAUCGGCCACAUUUGGUCGAAAAUAUGACUGAAUACAAAUAUUGUUACGAUCUUCUAUUCCAUUAUGUAACCCAUUAUCUUAACAAGGACAAAGAUGGAAAUUGAUAAUGAAUCCAUCUCCAUAUAGAAAGUCCAUUUGUACCCGACAAAUUUUCGAAAUAGAAAAAAAAUAAAUAUUUGAUUAUCAAUGUGUAA